ACUAGUUUUAAAAGAGACCCUACAAGAAGAAAAUGAGUGAAUGAGGUCUUGAAGUUGAUGAAAGGUGUUCUCCCCCAAAAACGAAUAAAGGCUACAACAGCUCCCGCCGGGUGAACGUUCAGAUAAGAACCAUGGGAUCUUCAUCUCUCUCGAGUAUUGCAAGAAGGCUAGAAGGUAAGGUUGCAUUAAUCACCGGUGGAGCCAGCGGUCUCGGCAAGUGCACCGCCGAACUAUUCCGCCGGCACGGCGCCAAAGUGAUGAUCGCGGACAUCAAAGACGAUCUGGCCCACUCCGUCUGCCAAGACAUAGGCCCCACAUCGGCAUCCUUCGUUCACUGCGACGUCACCAACGAGUCCGACGUCCAGGAUGCCGUGAACACAACGGUCUCCAAGUACGGCGCUCUCCACAUCAUGUUCAACAAUGCAGGCAUCAUGAGCGCUCUCAAACCCAAGUUACCCAACAUCCUCCACGACGACAAGGCCGACUUCGAGAGGGUUUUGAGCGUAAACGUCACAGGAGUCUUCUUGGGCACAAAGCACGCCGCACGUGUUAUGAUCCCAGCUCGUUCCGGCAGUAUUAUCAACACUGCUAGUGUUUGCUCCGUCGUGGGUGCUGUGGCGCCUCACUCGUAUACGGCCUCUAAGCAUGCGGUACAGGGGCUCACGAAGAACACGGCAGUGGAUCUGGGGCGGUUUGGAAUACGAGUAAACUCUGUAUCACCGUACGUGGUGCUAACGUCCAUGGCGAAGGAGCUGAUUAAGGCGACUGACUUGCCCGAGGAGGUGUAUUCUAACCUGAAAGGAACAGAGCUGAAGCCGGAAGACGUGGCUGAGGCAGCUCUCUAUUUGGGGAGUGACGAGUCAAAGUACGUGAGUGGGCAUAACCUCGUCGUAGAUGGUGGGUUCACUAUCACUAAUUCUGCUUUCACCAUUUACGAUCAACAAAAGGAUCCACUCAACUAGUGAGGUGAUCAACAAAAGGAUCACCUUGUCACCUCAUGAAGGUGUUUAAUGGAGUAUCUCAGUACCUGAUCUCAGAAAUUUCCCAAUAAUUAAUAAGAAGAAACUCCCUGAUUAACUAA